AUGAAGCUUUCCCUCCCCAAUACCGUGGCGCUCGUGGUGGCGAUGGCGCUGACCGCCCGCGCCGCCGCCGACGCCAACGUCGACUUGUCGCAAGUGUUCAACGAGCUCGCCAACGCCGGGGUCAUCACCCAGGUCCAGGAGGCCUACGAAGCCAACAAAGACGCCAUCCACAACGUGCUUGGCCAGGUGGACACCUCGAAGCUCAUGGCGCAGCUCCAACAGCUGGGCGUGGGCGCCCAGGUGAUGAACUUGGUGAUGCUGCUGGGCGGCUUAGGCCUGUUGUUGGCGCUUGUCAACGGCGGCAACAACAACAACAACGACAAGCGCGAGGCUAACCCCUUGGGCGACAUGAUGCAACAGAUGAUGAUCCAGGGGAUGAUGGGGCUGAUGUUUGGCGGCGCCGCCAAGCGCGACGCCAACGCCGAUGCUGGCGCCGGCAACGACCUCGUCAACUCGAUCGUCGAUCUGGUCCUCGGCAACUUGAACAAGCGCGACGCUGGCGCCGACGCUGGCUCUGCCGACGACUUGGUCAACCUGUUGAUGGACUCGGUGCUCGGCAGCUUGAACAAGCGCGAAGGCGACGCCGACGCUAACCCCAUCGGCGACUUGUUGAACAACUUGUUUGCCGGUGUUGGUACUACUACUGAGUCGACUAAGCGCGACGAGGUCCCUGAAGAACCUAAAGCCGAAGCUAAGAAAGCCAAGACGGAAGCCAAGAAGGAAGAAGCCAAGGCUGACGACGAAGACAUCUUCGCUCAGUUGGGCGUGUCGCUGACUGCCGUGGCGGAAAAGCCUCAAGCUACCGAAGCUCCUGCUGCUGCUAACAAGCUCAACGACUUGUUCCCCGAGUUGUUCGCCGGCGCCCCGCAAAACGUCAACUCGACGCUCUUGAACGACUUGUUCGGCGACUUGCUUGCCGGCAACCUGAGCGAUGCGCCGCUGGCGGAUUUUUUUUUUGAGCAAUUGUUAGACCUGAUCUUCUACGACGCCGACGGCCACUUGGUGGCGCGUGACGGGUCGUCGUUGCUCGACGAGAUCCUUUCCCUCGUCGGCGAAGUGCUCCAGCUGCUUUUCGCCCACGCCGGUGACUGGAUCGGCGAGCUUUUGCAAGACUUGUUUGGUGGUUCGCUGGGCGGCUCGCUGUCUCUGGGCGACAUCUCGUUUGGCUCGCUCGUCGGGGGCAUUUUCGAACUGAUCAUCGACUCGUUGCUCGGCGGAGGCCUGUCGCUGCUGUCGCUGCUGUCGCUGCUGUCGCUGCUGUCGCUGCUGGGCCUGUCGUCGCUGCUGCUGUCGUCGCUGCUGCUGCAACUGCUGGCCAACAAGGGCCUGGUGUUCUCGCUGGGCUCGGGUCUGGGCUCGGGGCUGGGCCUGGCCAAGAAGUGCUGCUGCCUGCCCAAGUUCAAGGCCAAGCGCAUGCAACAGAAGCGGAUGUUGAAGAAGUUGGUGCAGGCCAAGGUCGAGCACAACUUGAGCAAGCGCCUGUCGCUUGUGGCCAAGCGGGACAUGUUGCGCAAGCGCAUGUUCGACGACAUGUUGAUGAAGCGCAUGGCGGCGCAAUUGUAG